AUGCCUGUUAAUACCACAAACUCUUCAAACACCAAUAUAUUUCGGCUUUUUGAAGCACCACCCGGCAAUUUUACAACUAUCUCUCCAAAAGCCCCGAUCACAUUCGGCUUCUCGCCGCAGCCUCUUUCUGCAAAUAGCUGGUCAUCACCUCUGUCGAGUCCACCCCCUCGCAGAUCCUCCAUACCUCGUUGGAAUGCGUAUUCCUCCUCAAUAGCCUCAUUGCAGUAUCAGCUCUCACCUUGCCGUGGUGUCGAUUGUCUUGACCCCGCGAACAGUUUCGGUAGUAGUGUCGCCGGUGAUCGUGGUGGCAGCGGCCUCCUUUCGACAUCGCAUAACGGUGAGGCUGAUGAUAACGGCUUCGGGAAGUUAACCCCUCGUUCUCAUACCGAUGCCAAUUCCACCGAAAAAGACGCCUCCGAGUAUUGGAAAAGCAACAACGUAACUCUUACGGAUCUUGAGCGAUGGACAGUGAGUAUCCGUAGAUGGCUGCAUGGCACUAUUCUCCGCCGUGUUGUUGAUGAAAUCGCCUCCGUGAACGCAAAGAUAUCUAAGACCUCGGAUGAUGCUGUCCUAAUUGGAUCUACCACGUUGAGCACACUGGAGCAGUUGGCCAAAGGGAAGUACCAGCAUAUCUCUUCUCUUCCUACUCUCUUGCGGUUCCUGGACUGUACGAAAGCCCAGAGUUAUCUUGUGUUCCGUCUGCAGGAAUUGUCUCGAGGCAGUUGCUUGGGUGAAUUCAGGUGGGACGGAGGCUCACGAAGUACUGUGUCACCAUGGAAGGACUACUUGCCGAACGAUACAAUGAUUCUCCUACACAUGUUCUCCGCUUACAUGGAUGCUUGUUUGCCGCCUCACCCAAAAUGUCUCUCUGGGAGGUCCUUUGGCCAGUUACACCUUGUUCGGACGCCUGAUAAGCCUGAUUUAAAGUCGAAAUACACUGCCCAACUGUAUGUCGCGAAAAUUCAGCCUCCGUUAAUCAAGGUUGUGUUUGACGGGAUUACAUACGUGUUCCCAUCAGUAUGUUUCGUUUUUAAUCGCUAA